UUGGAUUUGAGUUGUGUCGAGAUAAUCCAAAUUUAUGUACUUUUGGUAGCAGGUUUGUGUUUGAGGCUGCGUCCUUCGGGAAGGAGGACUACGGUGUCAUUUCCCCUAUUCUUGUUUGUUUCGGGGUGUGACAAAGCCUGUCUUACACAUUUUGAUUCAUUUAAGAAGAAACAAGUAAGAGCUCGGGAACAACUUGGACAUCAAUGGCUAUAACUUUAGGAGUCUUUCUCUCGCUCUUUUUUGUGGGCUUCACUUGCUUGUUCCUGUACCUCUACAAUCUCUUCUGGUGGAAGCCGCUGCAGCUCAGAAAGAAGCUUCGGCAACAGGGAAUCAAUGGCCCAGCGCCGUCCUUUUUCUUCGGCAACCUCCCGGAUAUUAAGAAGAUUAAACUGGAAAUGCAAGCAACAAAGCAUCAGCAAAGCAUCACCAAUGGCGUUUCACAUGAUUACAUGUCUCGCCUGUUUCCCCACAUAGAGAAGUGGCGAGCCGACUGUGGUCCGGUGUUUGCGUUCUCACAGGGGAACAUGGUGAUUGUAUGCAUAUGCGACUUUGGCAUAGUGAGGGAGAUCUGUCAGUGCAAGUCUACUGAAUUAGGAAGGUCUGCAUACCUGAGAGACAACUGGGGAAUUCUGUUGGGUUAUGAUAGCAUCGUCACCUCGAAAGGGAAAUCCUGGGCGCUGCAGAGGAAAGUCAUUGCGCCCGAAUUCUUCAACGACAAAAUAAAGGGAAUGGUCGACAUGAUGGUUGGAUCCGUCGUCUCCGUCUUGGAAAAGUGGGAAUCUCAAGUGGAGGGAGCGGGGGAGGUUGCUUCAGUACGGGUCGACGAGCAUUUAAAAAGCAUCUCGGCCGAAGUGAUUUCAAAAGCAUGUUUUGGGAGCAAGUAUGUUAUUGGCAAUGAAAUUUUUUCGAAGAUGUUAGUGCUUCAGGAUUUGUUAAGCAAGCAGCAAGCUUUUGUUGGUCUUCCUGGGGCAAGGCAUAUUCCUACAAAGACUGCUCGUGACAUUAGGAGGAUAGGAAAAGAGGUCGACGGAUCAGUUCUGAAGCUGACAUACAGCGAUUGCAAUGCCGAGAAGCAGGGCUUCUUACAGGCCUUAGUCAACAAUUUCGGCUGCGGAUCGAGCAUCAUCACAGACAAUUGCAAGACUCUGUUCCUCGGUGGACAUGAAAGUACUGCCUCCGCCACUUCCUUCGCUUUAGUACUUCUAGCACACCAUGCUGACUGGCAGGAGCGCGUGCGUGCCGAGGUGGUAGAGAUCCUUGGAAAUCAAGCCCUGAAUAUGGAUAAGCUGCACAAAAUGAAAUUGUUAAAUAUGGUGAUUUACGAAACCUUGCGCCUAUAUCCUCCUGUACCAUUCUUGACGAGAGAAACCUCCGAGGAAAUGAAGUUUGGGGACUUUGCGAUUCCGAAAGGCGUCAACAUGUGGAUCCCAAUCCCGUUGUUGCAUCAGGAUCCGGCCAACUGGGGUGAUGAUGCGCACGAGUUCCAUCCAGAAAGGUUUGUGAAUGGCAUUUCUUCGGCGUGCAAGUUUCCGAAUCUGUUCAUGCCUUUUGGGAUGGGGAUACGAACUUGUGCUGGCCAGAAUUUCGCAAUGACAGAACUGAAGAUAGUUCUGUCUCUUGUGCUGUCUAAGUUCACUUUCUCUUUAUCCCCGGAAUACAAACACUCGGUGAUGUACAAGCUGUUUUUUAAGCCGGAACACGGUGUGCAACUGAAGAUGGAGAAGAUCUGAAAUUGUCCAGCUCG